AUGGUACCAGGCAAUGAAACCCAACCUUCAGAAUUUCUCCUCCUGGGAUUCUCAGAGGACCCAGCACUGCAGCCCCUCAUAUUUGGGCUCUUCCUCUCCAUGUACCUGGUCACUGUGGCUGGGAAUCUGCUCAUCAUCCUGGCCAUCCUCUCUGAUCCCCACCUCCACACACCCAUGUACUUCUUCCUCUCCAACCUGUCCUCCUAUGAUAUCUGCUUCACCUCCACCACCGUCCCCAAGAUGCUGGUGAACAUCCAGACACAGAGCAAAACCAUCAGCUAUGCAGGCUGCAUCACACAGAUGUACUUCUUCUUGCUUUUUGUAGAGAUGGAGAACUUUCUCCUAGCCGUGAUGGCCUAUGACAGGUUUGUGGCCAUCUGUCACCCUCUGCACUACACGGUCAUCAUGAACCCCCGGCUCUGUGUGCAGCUGGUCCUGGUGUGCUGGGUCAUCAGUGUCCUGCAUGCCUUGUUGCAAAGCCUAAUGGUGCUGAGGCUGUCUUUCUGCACACACCUGGAAAUCCCUCAUUUCUUCUGUGAACUGAACCAUGUGGCCAGACUUGCCUGCUCUGGAAGCUUUCUAAAUGAUGUGGUCAUGUAUUUUUUUGUUAUUCUACUGGGUGGAGGUCCCCUGGCUGGGAUCCUGUACUCCUAUUCUAAGAUCGUCUCCUCCAUCCGUGCAAUCUCCUCAGCUCAGGGGAAGUAUAAAGCAUUCUCCACCUGUGCCUCUCACCUCUCUGUCGUCUCCUUAUUUUAUUGUACAGGGCUAGGUGUGUAUAUUAGCUCUUCUGCCACCCACAACUCACAUUCAAGUGCAAGGGCCUCGGUGAUGUACACGGUGGUCACCCCCAUGCUGAACCCCUUCAUCUACAGCCUGAGGAACACAGAUGUAAAGAGGGCUCUGAAAAGACUCUUGGGAGGGAAACUGUAA